AUGACGCAGCAUGAAAUCGUUGUAAGCGAGUCCGCAAUAUACGGUUCCUGCGAAGAGCUUUUGUGUGAAAACACUCUCGCCAAUGCGAGGGAACUUACAAGACUGAGACACUUCCUCAGAUUCGAAUCUCGUGGUCAUGAUGGGCAACACAACAGGAAGUACUACGAACUAGUAGGAAGUAGCAAAGAACAGUACUGUCUCUUUGCGGACAGUUGCUCCGAGUCACCGACACCAUGCCGUCCUCAAGUCGUCCUAGCCCCGGGUCCCAUAGCGAAAGCUAGGCUGGGGUUCCUGGGCCCCUUCGCUGCAGGGGCCCCUCAAAGGGGCCCCUGCCACUUUUUGCUCUGUGCCCUUUUGCUUCUUAAUUUUCUCACACACGUUAUCUGCAAUCCUGGGUCAGUAGUACCCUCCGUUGUGGUGCUAGAAGGUUCGACGACGUCGUACGCCCAGUUUCGGCGAUGGGUGACGUCAGGUUCGUUCUCGACGCUGUCCAUAGACUUCCAGACGGCGGACCCUAGUGGUCUCCUCUUGUAUGCGGACGACGGUGGCCAAGGACAUUUUGUCGAACUGAAGCUCGUCGAAGGGUCCCUGAGGCUGAGGUUAGGGCCAGACCCUGCAUUCGUGCUAAGCGCUGGAAGGAAUCUACACGAUGGUGCUUGGCAUCGGGUCGAGAUCCAGAAGGAACGUCAUGAAGCCAGGCUCAGGGUGGACGAAGAUAUGAGCAGCGGCAAGCAACGGAGCUUCGGUGACCAUCCCACCAAUCAUUCGUUGGGCAACAACUUCGUCUACGUCGGUGGCGUGCCGUCUUGGUACGGCGCUAAGCUGGCUACGCUGUCCUUGCCCACGGUAUACUUCGAACCAAGGUUCAGGGGAGCAGUCCGAGGAGUUGUCUUUGCUUCAGAAGAGGGCCAUCCAGCUAAGAAGCAAGAACCAAUAGGUUUCAAAGGUGUGCGCUUCACCGCUGCGGAUGUCUGCGAACAGAACGACCCUUGUGAGCACGGGGGCGCCUGCAUCAGCACCGACACUGGUGCCGUCUGUGAUUGCAGGGGGCUAGAUUUCGAAGGAGCAUUCUGCGAUCAAGAGAAGCGUCAAGCGGAGGCGACGUUUCGUGGCCACGAGUUUCUAGCCCUGGAAGCACCUUCCGCUCCUGUGGUCAGCACAUCGGACCAGGUGUCCCUCUCCUUCAAAACCCGCCAGGCAACUGCUCUCCUGUGGUACAGCGGCGAUGGCCUCGGGGACUUCAUGUUAUUAGGUCUCAAAGACGGCGGUUUACUUCUCUCCGUGAGCCUCGGCUCGGGAGCUCUCGAGAAGACAGUGCGCCCAGCAAGGGUGCGCUUCGACGACAAUCAGUGGCACCGGGUUGUGGUGCAUCGAAAAGUGCGAGAGAUAAGCAAGGCGACGAGCUUUUAUCAUCUGUCAAUCACCGCUGAUGGCGUGUACACGGAACGUGGUUCCACGUCGGGAUCUUUCUCGUUUUUAACAAGCAGCCUCCUGUAUGUAGGCGGCACUGAAACGCAGCCUCUGCCGGGCUACAAGAGUAAAAGCAACUUCGUCGGCUGCCUCAGAAAGGUGGAGUUCUCUGCGGAUAGCCUCUCCCUGGAUCUAAUAGAUCAGGCCAGAUCAGGCAAUCACCUUGUCCAGCCACGAGGCAAUGUCCAUUUCACGUGCCAAGAAGUGGAAGCGGCUGACCCUGUGACGUUUACCACAAGAGAGUCUUAUCUGGCUUUACCCAGCUGGGAAGAUCCUCGAAGUGGAAGCCUGUCCUUUCGGUUGCGCACCGUGGAACCCGAUGGCGUCCUGAUGUACGACCGCGGUUCGCAAGGGGAUUUCUUCGCUCUGGAACUCCUGGACGGGCGCCUCUUCGCUGUGCUUAAUCUCGGCUCUGGCGCCGUUAAAGUGCGGGCGUCUUCACGACGUUUGGAUGACGGCCACUGGCAUCGAGUCGGUUUGAGUCGUACUGGACGCUCAGGAAGGCUUACGGCCGAUGAUGACGUGCAGGAGUUUAGUACACCAGGAAAUUCCAACCAACUCGACCUGGAAGGCCCACUGUUCGUCGGAGGCUUGGGCGCGACAGGUCGGGAAACGUCUUGGCCUGCUGUGCUUCCGAGCGAGCUGUGGUCCGCACAACUACACCGUGGCUUCGUGGGGUGCCUGCGCGACAUGGUCGUGAACGGAAACACGGUGGACAUCGCUUCCUAUGCCCAGAAGCAAGACUCCGGCGCUGUGAGGCCUUCCUGCCAUAAAGGGCCACCUCAAUGUCCCUCUCAACCCUGCAUGCACGGCGGGCGAUGCACCGAAGGCUGGAACAGGUUUCUUUGUGACUGUUCACACACAGCCUACGCGGGACCAGUAUGUGCCAAAGACGCGGCGUCGUUAAGCUUCGAUGGCGACCAGCUCGUCCACGUACACAUGAGCUCUCGUACGGAAGCGGAACACGUGGGACUUCGUUUCCGGAGCCCUAGGCCCAACGGGCUCCUCUUGGCCACAGCACCGGACGCACGAGGUCACACUGCGUCGCACCACUCCUUCACUACCGUCUCCUUGGAGUCGGCCAGGCUCAAGGUUGUCUACAACCUGGGAGACGGAAACAAGAUAUUCUACGUUGGGCACGGUCUAAACGAUGAUCAAUGGCACAGUCUUCAAAUAAACCGCAGAGGGCACCGGCUUGAAGUCAACAUCGACCAAGACACCACGGCUGGAGAACUCCGUGGGCAGCACAAGGUUCUAGAAGUCCGAUCGCUGCAUGUGGGAGCUGUCGCUAGGGACGUCGCCCACCAGACGGUUCCUGCACGUGAAGUCCCAGGGUUCGUUGGUCACAUGCAGCAUCUCCGAUUCAACGGACAAAACCUGUUCGAAAUAGCCGGAACCGGUCAUUCUACAAACUUCCACGUGACAGCCCAGAUUGGCAAGAAGGAACAGUUGGUGCACCAUCCAGUGAUGUUCCGGUCGAAGUUGGCUUUUGUUGCCCUACCACAGCUCAAAGCAUACUCUUCUAUGAACCUGUAUUUCCAAUUUAAGACAAUGGAGCCAUCGGGCCUCAUACUGUACAACGCCGGCAAGGGGCAAGAUUUCAUCGCCAUAGAGCUUGUGGAUGGACACCUGAACUACCUCUUCAACAUGGGAGAUGGACCCAGGAAGGUUCGUUCCAACACACAGAAUCCCCUCAACGACAAUCGUUGGCAUACAGUGAGUGUAUCGCGCUCUUCGCUGCGCCAGCACAGCCUUGUAGUGGACGACACCGUAGCAACAAUCACCAGCCCUGGUCCCAAUGUCCACUUAGACCUGGACGGCUUACUGUACCUUGGUGGAGUUCGUCGCUACCCGUCAUUGCCGAAGCUGGUGUCGUCGAGGACCGGUUUCCAGGGAUGCGUUGCCUCUCUUGACCUCAACGGUGAAGUCCUGGACCCCGUCGAAGACGCCAUUAUUCCAAGCUCGCUCGUGAGCAAAGGAUGCCAUAGCUCUACGACGAAGUGUUCUACAGGAGCUUGCCACAACGAUGGGCUAUGCGUCCAGAACUGGAACGACUAUGUCUGCGACUGCUACCUCACCUCCUUCAGCGGCCCAUCCUGUGCUGACGAGAGUGUCGCCUACAAGUUUGGUCCUCGACCGGGACUCAUCACACUAAACCGGUCGCCCGAAGUUCGAGAUCCGUCAGCUGCCAAGUGGGACGCUUUGGCAUUGGGGUUCAUUACCACCUCCGAAGACGCUGUCCUGGUGCGGGCCGACAGCAUUGAUGAUUUCCUACAACUGCACAUCGCUGGAGGCAAACUAGCUCUGACUUACAACGUGGGCUCGGACGACUACACCGUGGCUGAUCCCGAGCUUCGAGUGAACGACGCCCGUUACCAUGUCGUGCGCGUCUCACGCUCAGACACCAACACAACGGUGCAAGUGGACAAUAGGAACCCCGCACAUUCCAAACUGGCCAGGCAUCGUCAACCUGCGACAUUCGGCACCUACUCGAGGAUUCAGCUAGGAGGUCGUGUGGGUGACGACAUUUCAGAUGCCGUGGCACGAGGCUUCGAGGGCGUCAUGGCCGGCUUUGUCUUCGACGGCCUCCGCGUUCUCGACUUGGCAGCCGAGAACGACCCAAGAAUUCGCAUCCAAGGAGACGUGCAACUGCUUGUUGCUAUUCCGUACGAUUUUCCGAGGCAAUCUCAGAUGCAGCAGCAACCGCGAGCUCCUCCCGGAACAUUCGAGGGCGAUGACCUGGUGUUCUCCGAGGGCUCCGGCUGCUACGACAGCGAUGACGAUGACUGUGGACUGGACGGUGUCGGGUCAGGAGACGACCUCAUAUCCGCCGUCUACGUCCAACCGACCCGUAAGCCACGACCUCCACCACUCUCCACGGCUCCACCAGCACCAAGUCUCCCAUGUGCAGCUGAUGACGAAGACUGCUUCGACGGAGGCUCAGGCGACGGCCCCAGUCCCCCUACUCCGAUGCAAACUCCCGCGGAGGAUGACGACGAGGAAGACGAGACUCCACUUCCAGCUCCGACCACGACCCGAGCCGUCCCCACCGUCCCACCACGACCUCCGUCGACGACCACGGCUCGCAAUGAAUGGAGCAUCGUAAGAACAUUCACCGUAACUCGUGCUCCAGCACCGCCACCUCGUACAACGCCUGGCAUCCCACAUGUGAUCAGCGUUCCAAUUCCCAACCUUACGGCACCUACUCGGGAGAAUCAAAGGCCUACGCCAAACAUCAAAAGCUCUGCGGACAGCACAGCACUUGUGAUCGGGGUCAUAGCGGGAAUUCUCAUCAGUAUUGUCAUCGUAGCCCUGUUGGUCUACCAGUUCCGCAGCAGGCCUGCAGGUACUUACAAAGUGGAUGAGGGCAAGCCUGGUUACCCUGCAAGCCCAAGAACAGGAGCGCGAGCUCAGGCGCAACAUAAUGAAGGUGUUGCCUAUCAUCCUGUUGCGACGCCUCAUAACUUAAACGGAGCUGUAAGACCAGCUGGUGCUGCUGGUGAAGCACAAGCUAAGGCGGCUCCUUCAAAAGCGAAGGACGUCAAGGAUCUCAAAGAGUGGUACGUCUGAGGUCACUGCAAGUUUGUUUUGGACAUUCUGCUGCAGUGCAUAGGACAUUGGACAAUCCGAACAAUACAGAAGCGAGCAGCAAGCUUUCGUAACCUCUUUGUGCCAAUGAAGAUCACACUUCCCUGCACAGAGGUUCCUCGGUCUUUCAAUUAUCUGUUUCCUUUAUCUGCCUUUUUACCUGCGGGACAGUGCAAUAACGUCCAUCUAUCUAGGACGUCUCUUAUCUGCCUUCUGACAAUUCUUUGCCUACAUCAUCACACUCUUAUCUAAUGAGAGGAAUCACUCCUCCUGAGAUCAACGCUUAACGUCGAAUCAGCUGUGUUUUUAGAUGCGCCGACGAACUGGCUAGUAUUGUGACGUGGUGGCAGUGACGUAUAACUCAGGGUGGUGUGUUGUGCGUAGAGACAUUCUUAAUCCCAGUCAUCCACAAAAACACACAAGGCAUAUCGAACUGUGUUGACCAUGUCGCGAACAUGCUGCUUGGAAGGUAGUUGCCGUGAUGGGAGGGGUAAUUCAUUAUUACGAUAAGCACCUGUUAGCUAAGGUACCCUUGGCGAUUUUGUUUUGUAUUUUUUCUCAAUCCAACCCAAUUAAUCCAAUCUAUUCAGGGCACUCCGAUGUAAGGCAUGUGUCGCCUAUUUACGAAUCAAAAUUUCUGUAGCGUCGCUACAUUUAUCCGACCCAGCAUGACUGCAGAAAUGCGCAUUCAUAUCAGAUUGAUACGCGAUUGUUUGCUGUGCACGUUUUCUGAACUUUUUUCCGCAUUUGAGUUCGUUCGAAGUCAACCAUGGCUGUCGAGGUGCCAUCAAGUGUGGUCCGCGUCUCGCACUUCGCAUGUAACACAUCGGAACCCUCGGAUAUUCCGCCAUUAAUCAGCCGUAUUGUGCGUCGAAGACAAUAUAUCGUCCUACUAUUCAAUUAUCCGCGAAUACGUCUCGAUAACUUACCGAUCAUCAUCCAGAAUCACGGGCUCAAAGCCAGGAAAGCCAAGGGAGCACUUUAAAGAAGCUUAUUGAAGUCUGAAAUGCAUUGCAUACUAUGUAGUGAGGGAGCUGGAGUACCGCCUGCGCAGUGUUAUACACCCGUUCGACCUGCAGUACCUGCAGUAAUUUAGCGCUUUGCGCCAGCUGUGUCUCGGCCUUCGUACACCUUCUUUUCUAUAAGCUCGCAAUAAGUGUUUCGAAGCAUGGCAUUAUAAAGACAGAACCCGCAGAGCUGCACGUUAAAAGCUACACUCCAUGGGUGACGGCAUUUUCGUAUCAGAGUUUGAGCAUUCCUUUCAUCCGAUGCUUUACACAUCCAAUGAAGUUUCUCGCAUCAUAAACGCUGCGCUAUCACAAGGGUUUCGUAGGCAAGCAAAACGGCGGUUUUAGACUGCCACAAUGAGCACAUUUCUAACCCUGAGCACUGAGAAUAAGAAUCACGGGAUAAUCCACUGACCCAGAUAUAAGCUGAUUUACUUUCUUUUUUUUUCCUUUUUUUUUUCAGUUGUUUCUAUCACACAGCGUGAAAACAAGAUCAUGCUAAAACCCUCCUUCCUGCAUAAAUACUAUCACUUGUACGCGUAUAUCCAGUUCACUUAUAACUCUGAUCCCAUCUUGAACCCCGAAGACGGCGAUUUUGAAGGAAUGUCCAAAUUCAGCCGAAUACCCGCAGAAAUGUCUGCCUUUUACGUUGCGUUAUUUUUUUGUAGAAUUUAUGGUGGCGCGAGCUUUCUGCUGCCUUUUCUCUUAUGAUCCACGUUCUUGAAAGAGAACUUCACCGCAGAACAUUCCACCUAUCCAAUCAUCAUUCAGAAAGACGUCGUUCACUCUCAUGUUUUGUUGAAAGCGGGAGGCGUACGCCUCUUUGUGACGCUCACUGUUUAUACUGUUAAGACAGAUCUUCACCGCAUGACACUCUCCUAGCCAACCUUCAUCCCGAGUGACAUCGUUCUCUCACCUGAAAAACGGGAGGUGCACGCCUUUUUGGGACAGUUAUGCAGUUACGGUAAUUAUCACAAAAAGGUGUACACCCCGCGCUUUUCACGAAUCAGGUGUGACAACGGUAUCACCGUGUGUAAUUGUUGGCAUUGAUCGUGCCAUGUGGUGAAGUUAUGUUUCAAGAGUGCAUGGUAUUUGCCACAAAAAGGCGUACGCCACCCUGUCUCCUCAAAUCAAAAGCGAUAACUGUAUCACUCAGUGCACUGAUUGACGCUGAGUUGGUGUUAUGCGGUGAAGUUCUGUCCCUAGAGUGUAGUCAGGACUUCACCAGUAGAAAAUAUUCAUUUUCUAAGCAAUGGAUGACAAUACUCAAUAGCAGUGUUUACAAUGCGCGGGAAACCCAAAUUCGCAAACUUACUUCUCACAGGCUAACUAGCGGCGUACACUCCAAAAACAGAACUUCCACCGUAUGACACCCUCAAGGCUACGUCAUCACUACUUCAUCACUUCUCGCUCGAGAAAAAAGAGAAGGCGCGCAGUCCUUGCAGGCAUAAAGCCUUUUUGUAACAUAUAUUAUACACAUUCUUAAAACAGAAUUUCAUUACACAGCUCUGUAAAGGUCAACCUUUAGAAUACCUUUACCACUCCUGAUUUGUGGAAAACGUGGGGCGUACUUCUUUUUGCGCCAAUUAACAUAACUGAAUAGGCGUCACAAAAAAGGCGUACGGCUCGCAUACGGCUCUGUUCACCUGUUCAUUAUGUUCACCUUCAAAUUAAAGCUGCCUCUUUUUUUUUUUUUUUUUUCUGGCUGAACACCCUUUUACGGGUGUACGGCUCGCGUUUUUAACCAAUCAGGGGAGAGAAUGACGUCACUCGAGUAGUCGGGACGAAGGUUUGCCGGGAGCGUGUUAUGUGGUGAAGUUCUUGUGGCGUACGCCUUACUGUGAACGCAAAGUGUCACGAAAGGGCGUAUGCCUCUCAUUUUCAACAAAUCAGGACAGAGAAGGAUAUCGUUCAGAAUGAUGAAUGCUUACAGGAGCGUGUCGUGCACUCUUAGAAAUGAACUUCACCGCACAGCACGCUCCUAGCCAACCAUCAUCUCGAAUGAUAUCGUUAUCUGCCCUGAUUUGUUGAAAAUGGGAGGCGUACGCCUUUUGUGUGACACUUGUCACAAAAAAAAAGGCGUACGCCUCCCGUUUUCAACAAACCAGGGAAGAUAACUAUAUCAUUCGAGAUGAUGGUUGGCUAGGAGCGUGCUAUGCGGUGAAGUUCAUUUAUAAGAGUGUGCGGUGAAGUUCCGUUUUCUUUUAGUGUGUGCACGGAAAAGCACAUUCGCAAUAUUCCCAACUGACAAUCAGUAGCAGAAUAAGACAAAUAUAUUCUCAAAAUUUUGUCCGUUUUUUGUAUUCUCGACGGCGUGGUGUGAACAUUUUGUACCGCUGCGCAGCAUCGCAAAGUGCAACGCUUCAUUUACAUGUUAUACUGCACGUCUCUAUCCAGUAUGUCAUCAGCAAUAAAAAUAUAACAUCAGGCGUACUCGGACAGUGUGGCAACCGACCGGCAUGCAUUGAGAGAUUUGUUGCAUCAUUUCGCUAUUGUUUGCAGGGUUGUUAUACGGAAUAGCACUGACAACACGUCACUGUGAACGACUGCAACGAUCCAAUAAAACACCGUGCUGUGC